AUGAAAAUCAGCAGAUUAUUUUUUCUUAUUAAACUAUUUUCGCUAUGUUGCUGCGAGAUUGAAGAAUUAACCUAUCAAAACCCCAUGAUAACAAAAUAUAUUGAUAUCCUAUCUAACUCGUAUUAUGGAAUUGUGAGCUUUUAUGUGCCAUUGUCAUUAUAAGCAAAUUUUAUUAAUAGCUUAGCUCAAUCAGUAGAUAGGUCAUUCCUAUUUUCCGCCUAUUUCAAUAACGAUGUCUCCAUUGUUGCAUAUUGCAAACUCAAUAUCUAAGCCAAUGAAAUAACUCAUACAUUAAUAUUAGUUUAAUAACAAGCCAUAUAAGAGCAAGAGUUUUCAGUUUCAUUUGACCCUUUGCUAUUUGAAGGCUAACUCAUUUGUACCUCAUUUUGCUAUGAUGCUGAGCAAUAAAAUCUUCAAUUUAUAAUUUAAACUAAAAAUGAUAUCUAAUAUAUGAAUUUGAAUAAAAUUAAUUUGGAACAGAACAAUGUUAAGUUUGUAUUUGGUGGCAGUAACUAAAAUUUAGAAUUAAGCAGUUUUUAAGGGUAGUUAUAUGGAUUUUGGGAAGACACUGAAGCAAAUAUUUAUUUUUAUUUGAAUUACUUGUUUGGUGUUGAUUCCUGUUCUUAUGCUGAAGAGAAAGCUGAAUUUGAUUCAAAGGAAUAUGAUUAGGAUAAUACUUGGCAAUUUACAUUACCAUUUAUUGUCUACAAGGAUUAUUCCAUGUACUUCUGGCAUAGAUUUGCAACACCCUUAGAUUCUAAUGAUAUCGUAUCUCUAAUCCACAUCAGCACUUAAUUUUAACUUAAUCCUUAAUAUUCGUUAGGGACCAAUACUCUAAUGAUUAAUUACGAAUUGAAACAUAAUAAUUAGAUUUUGGUUACUGUUCAUUAUUAUUCGUAUCAAUAUCCGUAUAUACUUUACGAUCCAGAUUAUAUUGAAUCAUUAAUCAAAGUAUAAUAAAUUGAAGAGAUAGAUUCUUAUCUAAUUUAUUAAUGGCAUUAUACAAUUAUCCAAUAUUAAUUUAAUGAGUUAUUUAUACAAAUAUUCUAUCCAGACUAACAGAGAAGAAUUAAUUUUAAAGAUGAAACUGUAAGACAAUUUUCGUAUUCCUAAUUUUCUUUGAUUUUUGGAGACAGCAUGAAUUAAAAAUAAUAUGCUGGACAAGUGAAUCAGUUCAAAUUUAAAAAUUGCCAGGAAGAAUUCAUCGACACAUAUCAAUGCCAUUUUUCAUGUGCUACUUGCAAUGGACCUUUGAAGAACAGUUGUUUAAGUUGUCAAGAAAACUCAUACAGGAACUAUGAUCCUGAUAAUCAUACUUGCACUUGUUAAAUUUGGACUAUAGAGUAAAAUUCUACAAAAUGUUUCUCCAUUUCUGAUAUUAAUUAAAUGGAAGUAUCAUACAUUGAAGAUUCUAAUAACGACAAAUUUGAUUAAAUUGAACCUAAUAUUGUUUGUUCAUACGGAUAUUUCUUAUUUGAAGGUGAUUGUUAUUAAUGUCCAUCAGCUUCUCAAAAAGGAGAUUUGAUUUGUCUUGAAUGCCUGGACAAUUGGCAAAAUUGGAUUUAAAAUUCUAUUUGUUCAGAGUAUGUACUCAGCAAAAUAUAAUAUGAUUAUGAUAAGGAGGAAUAUAACUAUGAUGUUGAUUAUAUUUCUAUCAACUCAUUAUAUCUAUUUAUCGAUCAUGAACUAAGAAUGUGCAACUUUUGCAUUUAAUUUUGUCUGCAUACUUCUGUAUCUUAUAUGUGCAAUUUUAUUAAAGAACAGCAUUUAGGUAAAGACACCUAUGUAGAAUGUAAAUUUGGGUAUGAUAGUUAGACCUAAUCCUGUAAACUUCCUUAAUUCGAUUUAAAAAAUGAACGUUGCUUAGGAUAGUCUUGUAAUGGCUAGUGUAAAUGUUGUAGUCCUACUAAUCGUUGUAAAGAGUGCAUUAAUGAUAACGAUGUUUUACUUUUAAAUAACAAAGAUUGUGUUUAAUGCUCUAUUCAGAAUUGUAAACUUUGCUUUCAAUAUUUUUAAUAAUCUGAUGGGAUAUUUGUUUCAACUCUUACAUAUACCAAUUAUGAAGAAAUCAUUACUAAUGAGGAUUAUCUAAUCGGAUGUGCUUUAUGUGAGGACAAUUACAUUUACAAUUUUUUUUUGAAUGUUUGUUAAUUGAAAUUGCAAAUUUCUCAAUCUUGUGAGAAUUAUCUAAUUGAUUAAAAUAAUUAACCAGUUUGUUUGACAACAUUAACAUAGAAUUUUGAUGAAGGAAUUGAAAUUUCAGAUUGUUUUAAAUAUUUGAAAUCCUGUUAAAAUUGUGUUAAAACAAACACCAAUAAACUGUAUUGUACUACAUGUUUCAAGGGCUUCUUUUAGAAUUCUUAUGGAUAUUGCGAGUCUUGCGAUGAGAAUUUCCGGGAAUGUAAAUUGACAUACUAGAAUCAAUAUGAUAUAACGAUCCAAUAAUUAUAACCUUUGCUUUUAGCUAUCUCUAAAGGCUAAGUACUCUUUUAUCCACCUUAUUAUGUCUAUGAAGUUCAAAUAGGUAUGUGUUAUUAAAGUGACAAAUGGUCGAAAAAAUGCAAAGAAGAUAAGAUUAUUACUUAUUGCAGCAAAUAUUAUGAUAAUGUUUGUAUAAAAUGUAAUUCAGAUGAUACAUAAACCACGACUCUAAGUUCUGGGAUAUGUUAUUUAUGUCCUUAUUAAUGCAAAAUAUGUCUUCCUUCUUUAUUAGAUAGCACACAAUUAAAGUGUUUCUUAACCGACUUUUCAACUCAUUAUAUUGAUUAACUUUCAGGUAAAGUGAAAAUCAAAAGAGAUAAUUAAGUUAGAUAUUCAAACUAAUUGACUGUUCAAGAUCUAUCUUGGAAAGAUCAAUAUUCAGAUGUUUUCAAAUAGUAAGUGUUUUAAAGAAUGAAUUUCCUAUAUGUUUUGAAUAAUCCCUAUGGAGUAUAUUAGUACAAAAGACUAUCAUAGAAGAUUUCAGAAUCUUAUGAAAAUCAUACUAUUCAAUAAAUAACAGUUUUAGAUAACUCAUCAAAAUAAUAACUUGUAUCUCUAUAUUUUAUUGAUUAUCAGAUCGUUAAUAUAACUAACCUCACCAUUACAAUUUCAGAAUUAAAUAAAGACGAAUUAAUUAAGACCACUUCAAAAUAUGGAGUGGAUAUUUACAUCAAUAAUCUAAUAUUUAAUUAAACUCAUUAUGUAAAUUUCUAAAAAUACAUAUUCCUUCUUCUUAAUAUCACUAGUCUAUCUAUCAAUAAUUUGACUCUUAUCAAUGUUGAUAUAUAAAACUUCCAUUUAUUUAAACUGUCUAUUUCUAAUUCAUCUACUAGUAUUAAAAUCAACUUAAUAAAUCUUAAACUUAUAAAUUGCGAAAUUAAUAAACUUCCAGCAUUUUUUCCAAUAUACUUAAUUGGUAGAUAAUAUUUGAUUAGAAAUAAAAUUUCUAUAAUGCAUCUUUAUAAAAUUCUUACUUUUUUCAUAUUUUUAGGACAAUUAGUUAUUUCACUAUUAGACUCAGCCAAUUUUACUUCAAGUUCUCUUUUUUCUAAUUAUACAGCAACAUAAACUAGAUUAGCUUCAUUAACGAUUAUGAAUAAUUAAUUUAAAAAUUCAAACUUUUUUGUAGCAGAUCUUAAAUUUGAGAUAUAUUCUACUAAAAUCCAAAAUACAACUAUUAGAAAUAGUCAAUUUAUAUAUUUUAUAUAACAACUUUCAACUGCAUAUCAAAAAGAGUUUCUAAUAAUCAAUUAAUUGCUAUUAUCACAAUUGGAAAUGGAUUCAUCAUUAUUGAGAUUAUCCUAAAACAUCAUAAGAUUCGUUUAGUUUUUGAAUAUAGAAGUAAGAGAUUUAACAUAAUUUAAAAACGAUCAAAAUUAUUCAUCUAAUUUGUUUUUAGUUCAAGCAGAUAUGCUAAUUAUUAAAAAUUACUUUAGCUAUAAUUUUAAUUCUAACCAAAUUUAAAUUGAUAUUCUAAAUUCAAAUAAAAUAGAAUUAUACAACAUUUUCAUAUAAGGUGACAACAAUGAUUUCCGAAUUAAUCAUGAAGCAGAGUUUUCUGAUUGUCCACUACGAAUGCAAUUUUUAAAUGUUUAUAACUUCACUUCAUUAAUGAUAUAAGACUUUUAAAUCUAAAAUGUCAUGAUUUGCAAUAACAACUUUAUUAAUAUAAAAGAUGUUUAAAAUUAAAUAACUCUAAACAUAGAUAAUUUAAAAUUUAAUGAUAUUAUACUUUUGUAAUUAUAAGGCACUGCACAAACUACUAUGAUUGCUAUUUCAAUUUCAAAAUAAUCAAUGAUCUCAUUUACAUAAUUUGCAAUUACUAAUGUAUUUGGAAAUAACUAUGAGAGAUUAAGAAAAGUAUCUGAGCAAUUAACAAUAAUUUCUGUUGUUGCUGCUUAAAGUACUCUAGAACUAUUAAACAGCUAUUUAAAAAGUAACAUAAUUACUAAUAGCACUAAUGCUUUAAUAUAUUUAGAAUUAAAAUCUAUUUCACUUCAAAAUUUUACCAAUAUUGAAUCGAAUUACUUUACUGAAUAAAUAUACACUCACUUAAACUAAGAAUACACAAAGAUAUCUAUUUCAUCCCUAUAAUAAUUAUUUCCAAUUAAGUCCGAAGGAAGUGUUUUCAAUAUCUUAUGCCAGAAAUUAACUUUAAAUAAUAUUGCUAACUAAAAUUCUGUUGCUUUGCUGGGAGGGUUUUGUAAGAUUGAAUUGAUAUUAGAUUGUGGGUUAUUGAUAUAAAAUACUUAUAUACACAAUAGCAAAUCUAUCUAGGCAUAAGAAAGCAAAGGAGGAUCCUUUUAUAUAAAUGCAAAAGACACAAAUUUAAUACUUAAAAUGAUCAAUAUAACUAUCUCCCAUUCCUUUUCCCUUUAUGAUGGUGGAUUUUUAUUUUUAAUUCCUUCAGAUCGUUCAAAUCUCUUGACACUAGAAAAUAUAAAAGCCACUGGUGUUUUUUCAAUGUUUAGAGGUUUUAUGAGUGUUGAAUUUUCAUUGUAGACAAGUUAAAAUGUUGUGAUUUUAAAGAACAUUGAUAUACAAUUAGAAUACGCCCAGAUGGAGUAUAUAACAAGCAAUUAUGAUGAAUUAAAAGACAAUGAACUCGAAUAUAUAAAAAUAACAAAUGGAUAUUUAUAUUUCAAUUACUGCCAAAUAUAAUUAAUCAACAUCAACCUAUCAUUCGAAAUUAUUACCUAACCUGUUUUCUAUCUAUCAAAUAUGCAAAAUCUGCACAUCAUGAAUUUCAAUUUAGAGGUAGGGGAAUAGACAAGUAAUACAAUUAUAGAAUUUGAAUCGAUUAAAAGUUCUCAAGACAAAGAUUUAUUUAUCAAGUCGUUCAAAGCAAGACAAGUUAAAGUUACAAUUCCUGAAGCCUUUUAUGCAAAAUCAUGUUAUUCAUCUUAUAAAUAUGAAAUUAUCCAUUUACCAAGUCUUAGUGAAAAAUCUAUUGCUCUCAAAAUAAAUAAUUGCCUGAUAAAUUAAUUAUCUAAAGUGUAUUAAGAUGUCGAAAGCAUAAUUUAGAUAAGAUUAUUAGAUACUUUUAGAAAUUUUAGAUUCUGUAAUGGCAUUAUCCUUAAUUUUCACACGAAUUCAUUUUCAAUGGCUUUAAUUGAUAUUUAUUACUAAACUUAGGUGAAAUCUAAAUUUGAAUUAUUAUAUCUAUUAAACAACAAAUGCACUCGAUCAACUUGUUUAAGAAUUAGAUCAAAUGAUCAAUAUCGCAUGCUUGAAGUAAUUUUAAAACAGAUAUACAUGUUAAAUAAUGAUAAUUCAAAGAAUGGUUAACUAACUCUGAGUAAUCUAACCUAUUUGAUUAAAUAAUCGUAUUUUAUGAAUAAUAGGGCUAUGGAAAUGGCAGGUGCAAUAUAUUUACAAAACAGUCCUCUAAAAAUUUAAUCAUCAUACUUUAUCAAUAAUAGUGCUCCCUUGGUAGGCGCAAUUUAUUGUUCAAAUAUAUCUAUACAGGAUAGACAAGUUUUGACUUUUAGUUCAUUAUUCUUGAAUAAUGUAGCUAAAUAUGCAAUUAAUACUUUUGGAAUUGAAUUUUACUCUUUAAGUCUGAGUCAUUCAGUUUUGUAGAAUCAAGUUAUUGCAAAUUAUUCAUAAAUAUCUGCAUUUAAAGAUUAGGGCAGUUCAGAAUAAUAUUUAGUCUAUUUGCCAAGUGGGUAGACACUAAAACAAUAUUAAAUUUUUAACACAAAAGUUCUCAGAUAUUAAAGCUUAGAGUUUUCACUGAAAUUUAUAAUUUUAAAUAGCUUCCAAGAAAAAUAAAUCAUAAAUAAUUAUUCUAUAAAAUGCAAUAUUACAAGUAGUUUAAUUGAUAAGGAGUACAAUGUUUUAUAGGAUAAUAUUACUAUGUUCAGCGCAGAAUUUAAUACAGAUAGGAGUGAAUUAAAUUUAGAAAACAAUACAUUUGUAUUGAAUCCCUAUUCGGGGGACUUAUUAAAGAUCAAAAUAUCAUGCGAUAACAUUGAAAAUAAUAAUUAAUAUGAAUUAUUUGCAAAAGCUUAUAAAUGCUAGAUGGGAGAGUUUUUCUAUGAAGAUUAAUGUUUAAAAUGCAACGCAUCUCGAGGAUAUUACAGUGUUAAUCCAUUAAACGGAGAAUGCAUUAAGGCAAAUCCGAAUUCUAUACAAAAUCAUACAGAAAAUCUAUUAAAUCUUUAUGAAGGAUUUUGGAGAUUGAAUAUUUUAACUCCUAUUGCUGAAUACUGUUCUAACGAUCCAUCAAAUUGUUUAGGAGGAUGGGAAACAGGAGACAUAACAUGCAUUAUAGGUCACAUAGGAGCUUUAUGCGAGGCAUGUGAUAUUUAUAAUGUGAGGGGUUAGGGCCAAUUCUCAAAAAGUAGAGAUUAUAAAUGUUCCUAAUGUACAAAUUCUGGUUUCUUGAUUGUUGAAUUCCUAUUAGCGUUUAUCUGGGCUUUUUCGUAAAUAGUCCUAGCUGUUAAAGGCACUUAAUUAUAAAAUCAAAAGUUUCUCUUGAGCAAAUCUCAAACAAAAUUUUAUGAUAUUUUAGUAAGGCUUUCUUAAGAUUAAUCAAGUUCAGUGAUUAAACUUAUCAGUAAUUAUUUUUAGAUUAUUAUGGUAGUCUACACAUUUAAGGUUGAAUUUAUCUCAAAUUUAGAUAGUCUAUUUUAAUUUAUAGGUAAUUCUACAUAUUCAACCACUUAUAAUUUUGAUUGUUAUAUAUCCAAGAUUGAAUAUUUGGAUAUAAUAUAUUUGAAUUUGAUUUGGAUCUUAUAGGUUCAAUUUUUGUAGUAUGUCCUUUAUCUUUUAUUAUCAUUCUUCAUAAAAUUAUCAAGACCAAGAUUUUUUUCUUUGGAGACUGUCUAUUCAUCAUUCUUUUACUUAUAUUUAUCAGGACAAAUUAAUUUAAUAAAAUUGUUAGCUGAAUUAAUAACUCCAAAAACGAUAAGCAAUGUGGAAUGGAUAUCAGCAAAUCUUUCAUAUCGUUUUUGGACAACCACUCAUUAGAAAGUAAUUUUUGCUCUCAUUUUACCUUUAUUAAUAAUGUUUGGACUAAUUAUACCUUUGUUCUUAUUUUUAAGGCUAUCCUAAAAUAAAUAUAACCUAAGCAAUUACAAAAUUAAAUAAAAAUAUGGAUAUCUAUUUAAUGAGUAUUCUAAAACUCAUUAUUAUUGGGAAUCAGUAAAAUUGAUGUACAGAUAGCUAUUAAUACUUAUCAUAGUGUUAUUAUAGGAUUUUAUUGUAAUCAAGGGUAUAAUGUUGAUUGGACUACUUUUUGCUUAUCAAAUUAUAUUUAGUUUGAGUAAACCAUAUAAUGUUGGCAAGCUAAAUUAAUUUGAAUCAUAGGCAAUUUAAAUAUGUAUAUGGUCAAUCCUUUUGUGCAUUUUGCAAUACGAAAUUUAAGAAUUUAAUUUAUGGCUGAAUAUUAUAUGUUAGCUCCUAAUUCUAAUGUCAUUCAUAAUCUUGAUAGUUAAAUCAAUUUUGAAGUUCAUUCAAGUAUUUAGUUCAAAAUACGAAUUAAUAAUUGAUUAUAUAAAGACUAAGAUAGUUAGAUGUUUAAACUUAUAAAAUCUGCAAAAUUCAAAAUUGUUUGAAUUGAGUAGCAAAAGAAAAGCAAGAGUAUAAAAGUACUUUAAAAUAAUCAAAAUACAUGUAUUUAAAAGAGUUUAGACAACUGUAAAUAUUUAAUAAACCUAAAAUGUUGAAAUUAUGUUAUGUUCAAGUUUAUCGCCAUCUUAAAAAUAGAUAACGCCAGGAAGAAGAUUCUUGUGA